AUGCGGUUCAGAGACCGGUUCAAGAAAAUCACCAAAAAAAAGACCUCGCCAAAUGGAUCUGGCAUUCAAAACGCUGCUGCCCAACACACCAGUGCCCAGCAGAGCCAAGCAAAUGAAACAGCGCCCAAAGUUCAAAUAGAGGAUACGCCAAUUAAAGAGCUAUGGAACGUGGCAUACGAGAAACUGCGAGAGGAAGAUGGUGCUCUUAUCGCUGAAUACGAAAGAAUCCUCCAGUGCAGCCCUGCCGCCGGGUCAACUAUGAAAGACCAGCUGCGAAUCAUGUUGGAAAAAAAGAUGGCCGAAGUCAACGCAAGAGUAUCAAAAUUCGGCAAAGGCAAAACUGAGGCACCGGCGACGGAAGUUGUUUCAAAGAUUAUGGGUUUGGCCAACGACUACGUACAUGCUGCCGCGCGAACCAACUCCUACACUUCGAUAGCAUGGGCUGGUGUUGGUUUCAUUCUGCCACUUUUGAUCAACCCAUCUCAGCAAAGAGCUUCUUUGGCGAAAGCAAUAGAUGAUAUUGCAUCUCUUAUCGCACAAAGUGUAAUGCGAGAAGACAUUUAUGAGGAGUUUUACAAAUCAGGCGCGAGCAGCAACGGGAGUUUCCGACGAUCACAUGGUCAAUAUAAGAUCGCUUUAGAGAGCCUUUAUAGGCAAAUUCUAAAAUUCGAAGCCACAUGUUGUUGCCACUAUUCCAAAAACGCAGCUUUCCGCCUCGGUCUCGAUGCCGUUCAAUGGAAUGAUUGGAGUCAACUAGUGGCCGAGGUUCGUGAUAGAAAUAACAAUUUUAUCGCUGUUGAAAACAUCUUGCGGGACAUACGACUCCACGAAGAGCGCAAGGCUGCUGAAGAUCGGCAACAAGCAGAAUUAGCACAGGCGACCGCAAGCAAGGAAGCACAAGAAUACACUGAACUACUACGCUGGCUUUGCGAUAUAGACCCGUCUUCGAUGUACAACGCUGCGCGCGAUAAACAUGAGGAUGGCACGUGUGGAUGGUUAGUACAAGACAGUGACAAGUUCAAGACAUGGGAAGAAAGCAAGGGCUCUUUAUUGUGGCUUCAUGGUAAAGAUCGUCAUGACUCAAAGCCUUCAACCGCCCUGGCUUACUUCUAUUUUAGCUUCAGCGAUACUCAAAAACAAAACGUUGACGGGAUGCUUGCAUCUCUUAUCAAGCAGGUUGGCUCUCGUCAACUCAAUAAGCAAUUACUUCAGCGCCUUGGCGAGUAUAUGACCAAAGGGCAGCGCCCAGAUGCCAAAACACUUAGAGAGGUUCUAAUUUCAUCCUUGUCUCGAUUUUCAGACGUAUACGUUGUCAUUGACGCUCUAGAUGAGUGUCCCGUGCUUAAUGAGCGCCGUGAAAGGCUGCUUGAGAAUUUGGAUUAUAUCCUAGCCAAUACACCCGACAGCCUUCACGUCUUUCUAACGAGCCGUAAGGAGCCAGACAUUGAUGCUCAAAUACGUGAUCACCUGUCCAAGCCCGGGAAGAUGGAAAUUGAUCUAUUGGCCCAUCAGGAGAUUCUCAAUCGAGAUAUAUGCCACUACAUUGAUUCAAAACUAGCAACGAAGAAAUUCAAAUCCUGGCCGGAAAGCAUGAAGAUGAAAGCGAGAAAAUCUCUUCUAAGUCAAGCAGAUUCCAUGUUCCAGUACAUCCAGUGUCAGUUUGAAAUACUCCAAAGACUAUCAUCCGAAAGCGAGAUUUAUGAGGCCCUCCAAAAGCUUCCCAAAGGACUGGAUGCGACUUAUGAUAGAAUCCUGGAGAGCAUUGAUCCGGACUUUAAAGAACGAGUUAUAACUUCGAUAAAAUGGCUGGCAUUUUCACAAAGAACUUUGAUACUUGAAGAGCUGUCUGAAAUCUUCAUUAUUCGACCAAUCGGAGACAUUGCUUUCAACGAGAAUGACCGUUUAUUUUCUCCGGAAGAUAUUUUGGAAUAUUUUUCUGGCUUGAUCAUCACCCAACAGACACUAGGAUGGUACAAAGCUGGCAAAAAAAUCGCCAAUGAAGUCACUGAAGUCCGUCUAGUCCACUUCUCUCUAAAAGAGUAUUUCAUUUCUACUCGGAUUGUGGAAAGCGCUCCAGCUUUUGCAUUUACUGAGGUCGAGGCACAUAUAUCUAUUGUGCAUGCAUGCCUCGCCUAUCUCAAGCAAUUCAGCCACGAGAUUGCAAAAUGUCCUAAUCAAUAUGAGCUCUCAGGCUUGCAAAAAUACACGACCGAUUAUUGGAUGAUCCACCUUGAAGAAAUUCCGCGUGAAUGGUGGCCAGCCGAGUGGACUCAGAAUGUCGCCCUCGUGCUUGGGUUUCAUAGCCAAUCUUUCCUCAAUCAGCUCAGAUUGGGACGCAAUUUGAGAAAUGGAGAAAAUGAAAUUGAUGAUUAUAUACGACUGCCACCAUAUUGCUUUACUGCCCGGCUCGGAUUAUACCGGUUUACUCAGAUGCUGCUUUCUCAAGGGCCAAAUGCAUACGCCACUCAAGAGGAUUUGGACGUGGCGCUCCAAAAUGCAGCCUAUGGAGGAAACAAAGAGAUAAUGAAACUCUUUCUUGAAAGGGGCGCUGAUGUCAAUGCAGAAUGUGGCAAAUGGGGCUCGGCGCUGCUCGCAGCAGCAACAACAGGCAACCUAAGGGCCCUAGAGCUUCUUGUUGAAUCCGGGGCAAAUGUGAAUAGGCCAUCGAAAAAAGGGAGAUGUCUUCUCACAAGCUUGAAUGAGAAAUCUACUCAAUGCCUGAAUUUCCUCCUCGACAGUGGUGCUGACAUAGAGAUGCAAGGUGGCGAUGAUGGGACAGCGCUUACCUCUACAUUGAGAAGCCGUGAUAUAAACCUUGACAGGUUUGAGCUGCUAUUGGAAAGAAAUGCCAAUGUAAACGCUCUCGGUGGGGAGUUUUACACACCCCUUCAGACAGCGUGUGCAUAUAUGAUGUUUCAUGGAACUCAACAUUAUGUUAAGAGUUUGUUAGAGAGAGGCGCAGACACCAAUAUACGGGGAGGAGAGUAUGGUACAGCACUACAAGCUGUCUGUAGUGACGGUAGUCGUCUGGGUAAAGGCAAUAGGACUGAAAUGGCAAUUUCGGUGAUACAGCUUCUCAUUAACCAGGGUGCUGAUGUCAAUCUUGGCGGAGGAAAAUACGGGUCAGCAUUCAAUGCAGUAGCAAGUUGGAAGUCAUCCAGGGCAAUCCAGUUUAUGAAGCUGCUCCAUGAUAAUGGAGCCGAGAUCAACCAACAGGGGCAUCCGGACCAUGGAACGGCGCUGCAUAUCGCCUGCCACAAAGGAUCGAUAGAGACUGUACGCUGGCUUCUUGACAAGGGGAGCAAUGUGAAUGCAGAGAGUGGUCGAUUCGCUACGCCGCUUCAGGCUGCCGUGGCUGGGAUAAACGGAAACCCAGCGCUGUCUCUUGAAAUCGCAAAGCUGCUCAUUGAAAAGAGUGCCCAAGUCAAUCAGCAAGGUGGAGAGUAUGGAACUGCGCUGCAGGCCGCCUACUCGAAUCGCAAUCGGUAUGCUGACGAAGAACUACGUUGCUUGCUCCUCGAACAUGGCGCUGAUGUCAACGUAAAAGGCGGGAAUUACGGAACUGUGCUUGUUGCCGCCUGCGGAAAUCCUGGAGUGCGCGUUGAAAGUGUUCGUCUGCUGCUGGACCGUGGCGUUGAUGUGAAUGCAGAUGGUGGUGAAUACGGAACUGCACUUAUAGCUGCCUGCACACGAUGGUCGAGCGAUGCUGAGCUGGUGCGAUUGUUGCUGGAUCACGGUGCAGAUAUAAAUGCAGAAGGCGGGAGAUAUGGAACAGCACUUGCAGCUGCCUGCGAAACUGGUGCGAGUUUUGAACUGAUCUCAUUACUGCUUGAGCGCGGUGCUGAUCCGCGUCGUCAAAACUGCCUGGCUUGGCAUAUGGCUGCUCGAUCAGAAAAGAGAGACAUCGUUCCUAUUCUCAAACUUUUACUCAACUAUAUCGAUAUCAACCAUGUCCAUGGACAGUAUGGGACUGCUCUAAGAGCUGUUAUAGAGCUCUGGAAUCUAGGGCGGGAGUCAAUUCUUGUACAUUGUUGGCACGAAAAGGCCCGCUUUCUACUAGAGAGCGGCGCCAAUGCUGAUGUGAUGGCAGGCAAAUUUGGCUUCGCCCUCCAGGCAGCAUGUGCCGCUACAUACACACUUGAUCAUGGAAAGGCGGAGUAUAAUGGCGACAUCGAAUACGCCUGCAGCAAAACAAAAUUGCUUCUCGAGCAACGCCCUGAUAUCAACGUCGACACCCAAGGAGGGAUAUACAACACAGCUCUUCAGGCAGCCGCAUACUCAGGCCAGACCGCAUCAAUAAGGCUUUUGCUAGACAAAAAAGCUGAUUGCAACAUACGCGGAGGAAAGUAUGGCAGUGCGUUAAAUGCGGCAAUCAUCAGUGGGUACUGGGAUAUUGUCGAGAUUCUGCUCAAAGCGGGUGCCACGCCUGACUGUCGCUUACAAGAAGCGCCGGAUAAGGAGUGGCUGCAGCGUGUUCGAGAAGAAGAUGGCCGAGGAGCUUAUGAGAGGUAUAUGAAGUUUUGGGAGGUUCAGAGCGCCCCUGGUGGCAUUUCGAAGUAAUGUAUAGUAGCGACUGUAGGUAAGUAGGCGUUUAUAGUUCAUAUCAUCUUGUCCUGCUUCG